UCCAUCCACCGUGCCGGGAAAUUCCGCGCUGAAGCGCAUUCCGAGGGGUUUGCUGGUUUGAUGACGUUCGCCCAGAAUCACUACCCGUUCAAAACCGCCGACUACUUUCUUACCUACAACUUCCCGAGGGAAUCGAUCAGACGCGCGGUUGGUUCUACAUGCUGCUCGAAAUCUCGACGGCCCUGUUCAACAAGCCGCCGUUCAAGAACCUGAACUGCACCGGGCUGGUGCUGGCCGCCGACGGGCAGAAGACGAGCAAGCGCAAGAAGAUUUACCCAGACCGAAUGGAGGUGUUGCAUAAGUACGGGGUGGACGCGCUAAGUUGUACCUCAUCAAUUCGCCGGUUGAGCGUGCGGAGAAAUUGCGGUGAGUUUGAUAUCUUGAGCAUUUAUCUAGAAGUCGUUGCUAAUAAUGAUGUCUCUUUCAGUUUCAAGGAAGACGGCGUCAAGGACAUAAUCAAGGACGUUUGCAGAACAUUGAUCGGUUCGAGAAGGAGGACAAGAUUGUUUAUCGAUAUGACGUUGGAUUUCGUCUUUGCUUCCGUUCGAUUUUCGUUUUGCUGCUCUAGAAUUUUCUCAUGGAAUAGGUUAAUUCAUGUUCGGUAGGAUGUCACGUCCAGACGGAUUGA